UUCUUUGUUCUGUCAAUGGCUUAAAAGUGCAGCACUACGCUCUACUUUGAUGGGAUGGAAUGAAGAAUCCGUACCAUCUACAUCAGGAGAUUGUUCAACAGGCCUUCGGUAUGCCAUCCGCUCAACUCUUCAUGCUGACCACUGUCUUUGUGCUGACGUCUGAUGCCAGGACCACGGGCUUGCCCAAAUUGCAGAGCCCCAACAAACCACCUCGAGCCGGGGGUAGUUUGGGCGGCGGAUUUGGACGGGCCACCACCACAACACCAGCCCCUGCCAUCAGCCUUCACACAGAAGAGACUACUGAGUUCACCGUGGACGUGUACACCAUUCCUUCAACAGACAGCAGUACCUACCACGGCGACACUUACCCAACUGAGUUUCCCAUCGAUGCCAUAGCCCCUCCUGGGAACACCAAUGGAAACUACACCCUCGACUACAACGAAUGCUUCUUCAACUUUUGUGAAUGUUGUCCACCGGCAAAAGGCCCUGUGGGGCCCAUGGGAGACACAGGACCACCAGGACCACCUGGGCAAAGGGGCCUUCCUGGCUUGCCAGGAGUGAAAGGAGAAAUAGGGCCCAGAGGAUUUCCAGGACCGGCAGGAUUGGCCGGUGCCAAUGGACUCAAUGGAGACACAGGGGAAAAAGGUGAUCAAGGGCCGGUGGGUAUUCCUGGUCCACCAGGGAUCACCGGGAAGCCUGGGGACAAAGGUUAUACAAUUUUAAUAGAACUUCAGUUGAACUGUCUGUCACUGACAUGUAAUCCAGGCCCCAGAGGAGAGAAAGGUGAGCGUGGCUUCACUGGGAUGAAAGGGGACCCUGGAGAAAGAGGGGAUCCUGGCCUGAAUGGGACUAAAGGCAGCAUCGGGCCCAUGGGUCCACCCGGGAUAGCUGGGGUAAAGGGUCAGAAAGGUGAACAAGGACUUACCGCUGAGUGUUUAGUCGGUGAAAAAGGAGAGAAAGGUGAUAUGGGUGAGCAUGGGCCCCCAGGCCCAAAAGGUGAGAUGGGGCCUCCGGGAACAAACGGAACUAAUGGCGCAAAAGGAGAAAGAGGGCCGCCAGGUGUAAAGGGAGAUACUGGAACGAGAGGGCUUUCAGGCCCAAGGGGCAUGGCAGGGUUGAGAGGGGAGAGGGGACCUAAAGGUGGGCGUGGGCCCCGUGGUCUAAAAGGUCAACCGGGUGAGAGCGUGGAGCAGGUUCGCUCGGCUUUCAGCGUGGGUUUGUUCCCCAGUCGGUCGUUCCCACCACCCGGUCUACCUGUGAAGUUCGAUAAGGUGUUUUACAACGGGGAGGGGCACUGGGACCCAGUACUGCACAAGUUCAACGUGACAUGCUCCGGAGUCUACUUGUUCACGUAUCACAUCACCGUUCGCAGCCGGCCCGUGCGCACCGCCCUGGUUGUUAACGGGAUACGAAAGCUGCGGACGCGAGACUCCCUGUACGGACAGGACAUCGAUCAGGCCUCCAACCUCGUACUGCUCCAAGUGAGCGAGGGUGACCAAGUGUGGCUGGAGACUAUAAGAGACUGGAAUGGAGUUUACUCCAGCAGUGAGGAUGACAGCACUUUCUCCGGUUUCCUGCUUUACCCAGAAAACAAAGCAAAUGCUCUGGAAAACAUGUAACUGCAACAUCUGGCAUUCAGCCGUCUCUUAUUCGAAACUUCAAUCUUUAUCUCUGCUUUUUCAAUUUAAUGUGAUUUACUGCUUAGAAGCCUUUUGCUGCAGUUGUGUUAUUCAAACCAAAUGCUUGGCUUGCCUCUCUGUGUUUGGUAAUGGAAGAGACAUGACUUUACUUUUGUCAGCAACUAUUCUGUUCUUCAUCAAACUGCAAUAAAAUCC